UAAACAAUCAUGGGGAAGACUGCUGACUUGACAGUUUUAUGUUUUUUGUCAAAUAUUGGAUUAUUGAUUGUAGGGUGCUCCUAAAAUGUAGAACAUGCUCCUAAAUUUUUUUAGUUAAAAAAGAAAAGUAAGCGUAGAGCCCUGUAUUAUAUCUGGGUUUUUAGCUUUGUAAUGGCCAUUACAAAAAAUUAUAAUAAUUAAAACUACCAAAUACUAAAAUUGUCAGAAAAUGUUUCAUUUUAAUUAAUGGAUGCAUUUGGAGUAGAAAUAAAGACGAUUUUGUGUCCAGUUCUGAACGGGUUAAAUUUCAAACCGCACCGCCAGCCGGCGAUGACGCGCUUCCUGUGACGCAGUGAGAUUUUAAAACAUUGUCCUUCUCAGUAAUGGCGGCUUCGUUCCCUUCGCUUUCGCAAAAUAACAAUAAAUGGUACUUCACGCGCGAACAAAUCGAAAACAGCCCAUCUCGCCGAGCGGGACUUGAUCCCGACAAAGAGCUCUCGUACCGACAGCAAGCUGCUAACCUCCUGCAGGACAUGGGACAGCGGCUCAACGUGUCUCAACUUACAAUUAACACUGCCAUUGUGUAUAUGCAUCGGUUCUACAUGAUCCAGUCCUUCACUCGCUUCCACCGUAAUGUGAUUGCUCCUGCAGCUCUCUUUUUAGCUGCGAAGGUGGAAGAACAGCCCCGCAAGCUGGAGCAUGUGAUUAAGGUGACCCAUGCCUGUCUCAAUCCUCAGGACCCGUCACCAGACACCAGGAGUGAUACAUACCUGCAACAAGCCCAAGACCUGGUCAUUCUUGAGAGCAUUAUACUGCAGACCCUGGCUUUUGAGAUCACCAUUGAUCAUCCUCACACACAUGUUGUCAAGUGUACCCAGCUUGUGCGAGCGAGUAAAGACUUAGCUCAAACCUCAUACUUCAUGGCAACAAACAGUCUCCACUUGACUACAUUUUGCCUGCAGUACAGUCCACCCAUCGUAGCUUGUGUUUGUAUUCAUCUGGCCUGCAAAUGGUCCAACUGGGAGAUUCCAGUUUCCACAGACAGCAAACACUGGUGGGAGUAUGUUGACCCCACGGUGACCCUUGAGCUGUUGGAUGAGCUCACUCAUGAGUUCCUGCAGAUCUUGGAGAAGACGCCCAGCCGCUUAAAACGUAUCAGAAACUGGAAAGCUGCGGGUCAAACUGCAAAGAAAUCAAAAGGUCAAGAUGGUGAUCAGUCUGAUGCCAUUAUGAAUAUGAUCUCCAUGGCAUCGGCUGACAGCACGUUGGCCGGGCUGAUGAGCCUCUCUGGCCCACCCUCCGGUUCCUCCAUGGACUCCUCAGCUGACGACCACAGCACCGCUCCCUCAUCCCAACACUGGCAGCCUCCUGCGAAGGAGCUGCCCGCUACCAACGAGCUUCACGCGCCUGCUAAGAUGUCUCUGAGCGAGUAUCGGGUGAAGCAUGCAGACGUGCUGGCGGCGCAGAAGCGGAAUUUGGUGAAUAUGGAGGCUAGUGUGAAACAGGGAUAUGCCACUGCCGCCCAGGCCCUCAUGAACCAGCAGAGGAAGGAGAAGCACCAUCACCACCAGCAGUCCAGCUCUAGUUCCUCAGACCUAAACAAACCCUCACCCAUCGUCCUGAAGAUCCCGCUGGACGAGCGAUCGGAACGCAGUUCCAUAAAAAUGCGCUUCCCAGUGCCAGGCCAAUCCGGCAGCGGGGGGCACAGCAGCAGUAGCAGCAGUCGAGGAUCCGAGCAGGACAUUAAAGUGCGGAUCCGAGUUCCUGAAAGGCGAAGUGGCUCAGGAGAAGAUGGGAAAAAUCGUGUGAAACGCAGAGAGCGGUCCAACCACCAUCACCACCACCACCACCACUCUUCCUCUUUAUCAACAUCGUCUUCCUCAUCCUCAUCACAAAAACACUCGAGUUCUGCCAGCUCAUCAGGAAGUAGCAAAAAGGUCUCAGGUGAUCCUAUGCGAAUGAGCUCUUCGUCAUCCUCAUCCCGAAAAAGGACCCACUUGCCUGAUCCUCCUUCUGGCAGCCAUCUCUCGAAAGUUAGCAAAUCGUCCAGAAACUCGUUUCAGUUGCCGACGCUCACCGGCGUGCCCUCCCACGCGAUGGGUCAGGGGUCGGACAUCCUUCCCUCGCUGAGCCUCUCGCACCAUCAGGGAAACUAUUCGCAUUCCAAAUCGGACAAAGCAGACACGAACGGACACAAUACGGGCAGCCAGUCCAACGAAUACCAGGACACGUUUGACAUGUUGAACUCGCUGCUCAGUGCACAGGGCGUUCAGCCAGCGCAACCGCCGAUGUUUGACUAUCGCUCUCAGUACGGAGACUAUCGGUACAGCGGUAGCGCUCGCGGAGGAACACAGGCGCCACCUUUACCCUCAGAACCACCUCCAUCUCUGCCGCCACUGCCCAAAUAAACCCUUUUCCACUCAAUUCAAAUCAAUCGUCUUGGGAAUCCUGGGUUCCUUUUGUGCAUCCAACUUUGUGAUAUUGAGUUUGACAGCAAAGUAAUGUAAGGCAAAAAAUGUACCUGGUGAAUCUUUGCCCUCAUGUUGUCUUGCGUUUUGUGUGGGCGAGUGUGUUCACAACACCCAUCUGUGGCAAUAAUGUUAUUAUAGAACAAAAUAUGGCAAAAAAAAAAAAAGCAAAAAUAUUAUUUAUUGAAAACAAAUUGUACAUACUAUUUUUAAUGUUGCUCAAUUUUAUAUCCGCGCUAACAGAAAAGCAUAAUGGAAUUAAGGGUAUGUAUUACUGAAUGAGAGGGACCCAUUUUCCUCUUUAAAAAGUCUAACUGAAUGCAAAAAAAAGAAAAAUGAUUUUGUUUUAUGUAUGGAUUUAAGUCUUGCUAACAAUGUCUUUUUUAUCGAGUAUGGUAUUUAUUAUUAGCCUUUUAAAACCAUAGUUAUUAGCAGUCGUUGCUUGAAUGCGUCAGACGAUAUCUGGAUUUAUUUUUCUACUGUUGUAACCUGCUUCCCAGUCUGUAUUUACUUGACACGUAAUGUACGUUUUGAGAAUGGACAUACGAAUCCCCAAUAUUUACAUCGAAAUGUAUGUUUCUAAUAUAUGAAUAGUCACUGAAGUAAUGUUUGGAUUUUGUUUGGUAAAUCUCUGUGGUGUCUUUUUUUUGUAAUUUUCAGCUUCUGUAAAUGGACUAUUUUUACAUUUUUCCAAAAAGAAAACCUGUCUAAUUUGGGAAAGUGUGUCUAGUAGACCUAUGGUUCUAGAUUCAGAGUCAGACGCAGUCAUUGUUUUAAAUGGUUGUAGAAUUUCACGCUCGUAUAUGAUACACUAUACACAACAGGAUGUCCAGCUUGUACUCAUUUCAUUCUUGUGUUUCAGUUUAUUUCACAAACCCAGAUGCUAUCAGAUACAGGCUAUUUGUCAUUUUAGAAUGUAACUGACUUAUAAAUGGCCUUUAAAAUGAAUCUGUGAUGGGUAAAAAUACAAUCCAAUGAAUCAUCUUUCCACCAGUUUUCGGUGAAACUAUCUUUUUUGUUUCUUUGCAAAAAAAAAAAAAAAAAAAGGCAACAGUAUAAGAUUAAUUCUGUCUGUUUAUAAAUGAUUACCCUUAUAUUGUCCAUCAUAGCAUGAUUUAUUUUCUUUUAUGUUGAAGGGAUAGUUUGCCGAAAAAUGUACAUUCUGUCAUUUGCACACACGACUUAUUUCUCGCAAAAGUUAUUUUUUCCAUAUAAUGACAGUCUGUGGGGGUUGAUGUUUGUACUCCAAAGUAUCUUCAGUUUUGGAUGACUAUCUCUUUAAAAAUGCUGUGUCUUUUAAGGUCUGUUAGGUAUUUGUCAUCUGUCUGUAUUUGAACACUCCUGUUUAUUUGCUGUAAUACCUCCAUUUGUGUUUAACCCUGUGAUUGUAUCAAGGUCAUGUUUUUUUGGAGUUUGGAAAUGUCAAUGAUAAGCCAUCCGGUCCUAACUCAUGAAAUUAAAGCUGGUGGGAACUUAAAA